AUGGGAAAUAAUAACAUAGAUAGCAAAGGAAAAUUAAAUUUUAAUCGAUCACAUUUGGCUAAACUUGUACAAAUUCAUCAACAUGAUGAUGAUGAAUUCAUUUUGGCUAAUGAUAUUUUAAAAUCGAUUGGAAAUGAAAAAGUUGGAAAAGGCGAUAAUUUACAUCGCUACAUUGAAGCUGCUAGAUUUGUUGCUGAAAAUUGUGCUAAUCAAGGAAUUAUUAAUUUACCAGUGGUAUUUACUUUAAGUAAAAAUGACUUAGAAAAGAAUAAUUCGAUCAAAUAUGGGCUAACAUUGGAUAAUUCGAUUUCGAUCACUUCAACAAUUAAUCGUAAACAUCGGAAUUUUUUAUCAAUUGCUCAAUGGAAUGCUUAUUUAUAUUAUGAAUGUCGUUUUCCGAAUAGAAAUUCUGGUGGAGCAUUUUUGUAUGGUAAUAGAAGACGACAUUUAUAUGAUGAUAAUGAUAGCCGAGAAAUUAGUUCAUCAACAUCAGCUUCAGAUCAUUCAUCUUUGAUGCUUUCACAUCAUUAUGCAUCAUUGGAACGUUGCAAAGCACAUACAUUGGGUACUAUUCCACGUUUUCGUAGUCGAUCACGUGAAACAAUUAAGCGUAAUAAUAUAAUUAAUGGUGGUGUUGAUGAUAAUGAUGAUGAUGAUGAUAAUGAUGAUGAUGAUGAUGGCGGUCGUAAUUCACCAUCACGUUCAUCAUUAAAUCAAUAUAUUUUUUCAGACAAAGAUGGUGAACGUUUAAAAAAGUAA